AUGCAUCUGGACAAAGAGACAUUUGAAAGAGCCGGAAUCCCAGGCAAACCAUUGAGCAUGAGAAUGGACGGCACUGAUAGCGCCCGAUGGGGUGGGUGGCUCUUCGUAUCGGUGGAUUUGAAUACACCGACCGCACCUUCCAACAGAAAAGCGUACGAAUGCUUGGUCGGCGCUAGUCAAGAAGUUUUCACAGAGCAGUUGACGUGGCUGUUCUGCCUCAAAGUUGGAACAUGUAAGACAUCCCUAAGUCCCUGCAUUUCUUCUAAGCUGCUCUACCAGGCUUCAGAAUCUCUACAAAGUAUCACUACCCGUGGGCCCCCGACAUCUCGUUGUUUCUUCGCGCCCCGUAUAUGUGGCUAA